ACUCGGACGCCGCUGCGGGGAAACAUGGCGAUGAAGGCACUCAGAGGGAUGGUGAACGGGGCGAUGAGCGAGCUGUCCUCGGCCGUCAGCGGGAGCAGAGCCCCGGCCGCCGCUCCCACCUCCGCCACCGCUGCCGCCCGGGAGCACGUGAUGGCCGUGAAACGGGAUUACAUCUCCCAACCGCGCCUCACCUACAAAACUGUGUCUGGAGUCAACGGGCCGCUGGUGAUCCUGGACCAGGUUAAGUUCCCGAGGUACGCCGAGAUCGUCCACCUCACGCUGCCGGAUGGAACCAGGAGGAGCGGCCAGGUGCUGGAGGUCACCGGCUCCAAAGCUGUGGUGCAGGUGUUUGAGGGGACUUCAGGCAUCGAUGCCAAGAAGACCAGCUGCGAGUUCACAGGUGACAUAUUACGGACGCCGGUCUCAGAGGACAUGCUGGGUCGCGUGUUUAACGGGUCGGGUAAACCCAUCGACCGAGGACCCGCUGUCCUGGCCGAAGACUUCCUGGACAUCAUGGGCCAGCCCAUAAACCCUCAGUGCCGCAUUUACCCUGAGGAGAUGAUCCAGACCGGCAUCUCUGCCAUCGAUGGCAUGAACAGCAUCGCCAGAGGGCAGAAGAUCCCCAUCUUCUCUGCUGCUGGGCUGCCGCACAACGAGAUUGCAGCUCAGAUCUGCCGGCAGGCUGGUUUGGUGAAGAAGUCCAAGGACGUGAUGGACUACAGCGAGGACAACUUUGCCAUUGUUUUUGCCGCCAUGGGGGUGAACAUGGAGACAGCCAGGUUCUUCAAGUCGGACUUCGAGGAGAACGGCUCCAUGGACAAUGUCUGCUUGUUCCUCAACCUGGCCAACGACCCGACAAUCGAGCGGAUCAUCACCCCCCGCUUGGCACUGACGGCGGCCGAGUACUUGGCCUAUCAGUGUGAGAAGCACGUGCUUGUCAUCCUCACCGAUAUGAGCUCGUAUGCAGAGGCACUCAGAGAGGUGUCCGCAGCCAGAGAGGAGGUGCCAGGACGCCGAGGUUUCCCCGGAUACAUGUACACCGAUCUGGCAACCAUCUAUGAGAGAGCCGGCAGGGUUGAGGGACGCAGCGGCUCCAUCACCCAGAUCCCCAUCCUCACCAUGCCCAACGACGACAUCACCCAUCCCAUCCCUGACCUGACCGGGUACAUCACUGAGGGACAGAUCUAUGUGGACAGACAGCUUCACAACAGACAGAUCUAUCCUCCCAUCAAUGUGCUGCCGUCUCUCUCCCGUCUCAUGAAGUCCGCCAUCGGGGAGGGAAUGACCCGCAGAGACCACUCCGACGUCUCCAACCAGCUCUAUGCCUGUUAUGCUAUAGGGAAGGAUGUCCAGGCCAUGAAGGCAGUAGUGGGAGAGGAGGCUCUGACAGCCGAUGAUCUGCUGUACCUGGAGUUCCUCACCAAGUUUGAGAAAAACUUCAUCUCCCAAGGUGCCUACGAGAACCGCAGCGUGUUUGAGACUCUGGAUAUUGGCUGGCAGCUCAUGAGGAUCUUCCCCAAAGAGAUGCUGAAGAGGAUCCCCCAGAGCACACUGGCCGAGUUCUACCCCCGAGAGGCCAAACACUAACUACACACACACACACACACACACACACACACACACACACACACACACACAGACACACACACUGCUUCCUGCCCUCGCUGUGUUCGUACAGUGUAGUGUUGUGAUGCUGUGACGUCCUCACACUCAUGACCUUCAUGUCCUGCUUCCACUCAGAGAGGAAGGAGACGAGGAGGAGGAGCCUGCACAUCAGCGUGUUCAUGAUGAUUAUGAUGAUGAUGACGAUGAUGAUGUUUUGCACUCUGUGGUCAGUUUAACGUCAGAGGUUAUUUUAUGAGGACCUGCAGAACUUCAGCAGAGACAGAUGUUGAAUCCAGAUGUUCUGUCAUGCUCAUUUCAUGCCGCAUUAGAAAUGCUGAUGUCUUCUGAUCAAGGUCAAAAUAAUAAUUCAAACACGUCCAAAGAAAAGUGUAAAUUCCAUUUUUAUUGUGUCUUUAAAUCAGGUGUGAGGUUCUGUGCGGUUCUUGUGGUUCCUUUAGAUUCAGUGUUCUCUUCUUUUUCUUCUCGUGCCAAAACCUUGAUGUGAUGAUGAAUGUCUGUGUUCUUUGUAGGCGCUGCAUACUCAUUGCUGGAUGUACAAACUGCAUGCGUCGCCGCUGAAUGUUUCCUGUUGGUGCCUGAAGUGCAGUCUGAAAUAAAAGCUGCUGUGUCAUCA